AAUCUGUGUUUCUCAGGGCUUAUUCUACUGGAGCGGGCCAGCCGAUUCGCGAGAGAAGUCUCGAAGUUUGAUCGCCGCCGGAUUCCGAGCAUUGCAUAGUUCGUGAUCGUAUCGUACCAACAUGUUUAUCUACGAAUGGAGUUGUACUGGUUAUGUUUGCGAUUUUAUUGGCGUUACGUUUUCAUUGAAGGGGGACUCUUGCAUUUACGAUUGGUCUUCAUAUCACUGUUACUUGCAUUGCGUGGCAUCCAUAUUACAGCAUAUCAGUCAAGGAUUGGAGUUACCAUUGUUGAAAUAGACAUUUUGAUUUUUUUCUUCCGUUCGUUUCCAACUGAGGGUCAUCAUAUAUCAUUCGGAAGAACACGAAAGCCUCGAGGGCAGGGCCGAUACCCGAAAUACCAAAAACAUCAUUUUAUUACUUUUAGAAUUAUCAGGCAAAGGUGUAUGGUAGACAGGAUCAAUUAAAGGGUUGCAUUUGCAUUGUGAUAAUUAAAGGGGCUAAAGGCGCUGUUCCGAGGAGUUGAAGAUUUGGGAUUGAACAAUUCAAAUGAGAGAAUCAAUCAAUAAUUCAGGCAGACCAUCAAGG